UUGUUACUGAGGGGUGAUUAUUUGCUUUUUUGUGUUUUUGUUUUGUUUUUGUUUUACGAGUGACCCAAGAGCAAUGUGAAAGAGUCACAAUUGCGACAACAAGUCGAAAGAAGUAUUUUUUAUGAAAGAAAGCACACUGUUUUUAAACGGCCAGCGUUUGAAAGUAUAGUUGUCAUACGAUUAGAUUGCAGAAUGGAAGCACCGUUGUGAAUGUGAAAGGUUGAUCGUCAAAAACUUGUCUCAAUCGAGAUCUCCAGAUUCCAAGUAAAAUACAAGCAACAAUGAAAACGAAUGAUAAAGAAGUGGCGACAGUAGAAUUUUUUGUUUUUGUAAGUCAUUCGAAUCAAGCGAAAUGAGUAUAGCCAGUAUUCUACCAGGUCGAAUUAGCACGUCCGUAAAAGGUGGUCGCAGGCUUUGGAGGGAACAAGGAAUCACGCAAUAUAGCUCCCAAUUGUGUUGGUUGAUCGAAUGCUUGAAUACAUGUGGACAUUUAGGACUCAAGAAAACGACGGAAAUUGAUAGACCCAGUAGACUAUAUACUGGAACCCAGGAGACGACGAAAGUUACCAAAGUGGCAAAUCGCUUACAACUUGAAAAUAGCAGAGACGAGUUAUGCCUAAAGUCAUUUAUCCCAAGAAUAGGGUGGAUAUUUUGAUGAAGAAAAAAACUAAAGCAAAUAAUAAAGGAAUGGGAUUGUGAGCUCU